AUGCUCUGGCUCCGAUUGAAGAACAAACUGCGGCGAUCGUCGGCUCUGCUGCUGCCGGCCAAUACUAAAGAUCUCGACUCCUGCACCAGCCACAAAAACAACAUCAUCGUCGACCAUCACCACGACCAUUCUUCCCUCUCUCCGCCUCUCCCGUCUUCUCGCCGAUCUACCUUAUCCUUCCGGCGCUCCUCUCACGGCUAUCCUCCUUCAGAAGGCCGGGUCGCCAGCUCGUCUCCCGAGCGCAGCCAUUAUUACUCGGUCGACGACGGGUCGCCCUCCAGGAUCUCUCGACGUGAGGACGAGCUACAGCUCCGGUCAGAGACUUCUCCCGACGACGUUGCUUCUGAGGAGCAGGAACCGUGGAACCAGCGCGUUCUCCAAGCUGGAUCCGACCGCCACGCUGCCGAGCAGGGCAAUAAUUCCCCACCGCCGUCGGGGUUGAACGAGAUCCCAACUUCUCCCUCCGCCGAUCCUCCGACCUCAUCUACUCACUUCAACCCCAUUUCGUUCAACCCUGCUGCCAAUCGAGGACGGGACCAACCCGCGCAUGCAGUCGGUGAACGCCUGUCGACGAAUUCGCAGUCUGAAGACCAUUCAGUCCAGCUGCAGCCGCUUGCCUCCUUUCCAAAACGCCCCUGCCUCGGACCUCGUCGUCAAUCACUGCUGUCGAUCUCGAACCAGCAGGUGAUUAACAGCUUGCUCGACCCGGGGGCACCACUCCACCACGCAGUCCAAGCUGGCAGUCGUCGUGUCGCGACCACUGCGGGAAUGGCCCCUCGCAAGAUCUGGGUCAAACGACCCGGGGGGUCGGCCACCUUGGUGCCGACGGCGGAGGAUUCGCUCGUGGACGAGGUACGGGACCAGGUGAUCAUGAAAUAUGCCAAUUCGCUGGGCAAGACCUUCGAUGCCCCCGACAUCACCAUCCGAAUUUCCCCUCGCGAAGGCGCGAACAAGCAGGCAACCCCUGAACGGGUCUUGAGCCCGGAAGAACCCCUGGUGCCGGUGGUGGACACUUAUUUCCCCGGGGGCCAAACGGUGGAGGAAGCCCUGAUAAUUGACAUGCCCCAACGUCGGACCCCCAAGCCUUCGCCCCGCCACUCCAUGUAUUAUCACCAUUCCGAGCCGGGUGAACACGGUGAUUACUUCCCUCUCAUGCCCGUGAAUGUCAACGUGCCGACCCCUCCCACGCAUGCUUCCAAUUCAUCCGCCAGUGUAAACGCUCACCCAGCCCCCUCGAUCUCCAUUCUUACGACUGGCCACGCCCCUCCGGUGCCUUCGCCGGGCGGUCGAACCAGUCGCCAUACACGUCGACCGCCUAUCACUCGACAUGCGACCAAUUCACCAACGAUUCAUGGUCAGGGAUCGGGCACCAAAGAUUCUGCAGUCACCCCAGCCCCUCAGCCGACUCCCCAAGUCCCGACGCCACCUGGUCCUGCACCUCCGGAUUCACCGCAGAACGGGGUUUUAAGCUCGCCGGCGCGCGUCCCCUCACCGCGCCCUCGACCCUCCACGAAGCCGAAAAAGGGUACUCCACAGUCGUUGAGUGCAUUUGGAGGUCUGAUUGAGGGCACCGUGCCACCGAUCAACGUUCUUAUUGUGGAAGAUAAUGUCAUCAAUCAGAGGCUUUUGGAGGCAUUCAUGAAACGUCUCUCCGUCCGAUGGAAGUGUGCCGCCAAUGGCGCCGAGGCCGUCCAAAAAUGGCGCGAGGGUGGGUUCCAUCUCGUCUUGAUGGACAUCCAGUUGCCCGUUAUGAACGGAUUGGAUGCGACUAAGGAGAUCCGACGGCUCGAAAGGUUGAAUGGAAUCGGUGUCUUCCCCAAGACUGCCUCUGGAAGAUCCAGCGUUGCCAGUGCCACUGCAAUAUCUCUACAAGAGAAGGAUCCAAACAUGGCGGAUUCUCUGAGAGAGGAGGAUACGCUGAAAGAUCCGUCACUUUUCAAAAGCCCCGUGAUCAUUGUGGCUUUGACAGCCAGCAGCUUGCAAAGUGACCGCCAUGAGGCGCUUGCCGCCGGCUGUAAUGACUUUUUGACCAAGCCCGUUCGGUUUGAAUGGUUGGAACAGAAGGUGACUGAAUGGGGCUGCAUGCAAGCACUCAUCGACUUUGAAGGCUGGCGGAAAUGGCGAGGGUUUGCAGUUGAGCAACAAGCACCACCUUGGUCAGAUGGGCCUACAGGGCCCAUGCAAAUUAGCACCGGGGGUGCAUCUAAACAAUCCUCCCCUGUACUACCAGCGCUACCGUCUGCAAGAGCCUCUAAGAAGAAGGGCCACGGUGACUCCAAACUAGCCGAUAAAGAGCAGGACGACUCUUCGGGCAAUGGUAGUUCGGAAGCCCUCGACUCGUCCCAUCCAUGGACGUCAGACGCAGGUAAAAUGUCGACUGUCACCUAG